GCUCAGUGUUUGUCUCACUCGGUGUAUGUGCGGCUGGGUCCCUGACACAUGUAAACACUCUCAGUCCCGUUCAGGUGCUGUGUGUCUUUGUCCGUUCCUGUCCGAACCGAACCGAGCCGAAUCAUGCGGCUCCGGUCCUGCUGUGUUUACAGUGCGGGAGUGCUCUGUAUUCUGCUGUUAAUCGCCGGGAUUGCUAUGGCUUUGACGCAGGUCUUUGAGAAGCUCAUAAACAACAAAAUAAAGGAGCAAGUAGUUCUGGAAAAUGGAACGGAGGCAUUUUCGGUGUGGGAAGACCCGCCGCCGCCGGUUUACAUGCAGUUUUACUUCUUUAAUCUGACGAAUCCUGCAGAGGUUCUGAAUGGAGACAAACCUGUCGUCCUGCAGAUCGGCCCAUACACGUACAGGGAGUAUCGUCCGAAGGAGGAAGUGAAAUUUAUGGACAACGGAACCAGAGUGGCGGCUGUCAAUCCAAAAACGUACGUGUUUGAGCCCAACAUGUCAAGCGGAUCUGAGGCCGACAUCGUCCGAACGGUCGACAUUCCUGUAGUGACUGUGAUGGAGAAAUUCAAAGAUAAUAUAGUUAUUAGGCGCAUCAUCUCGGACUUGAUGAAAGCAAACAGCAUCGGCAUAUUCGGGACAUUCAGGGUCGGUGACCUGCUGUGGGGUUACGAAGAUCCGCUACUUAAAUUAAUCAAAAACAUUUUGCAGAUAGACGACCACUUUGGACUUUUCUAUAAGAAAAAUGGCACAGACGAUGGUGAGUAUGUUGUCUUCACGGGAAAGAAGAAUUAUCAGGACUUUGCUCGUAUAGACGAGUGGAACGGACAGAGUACAUUGAACUGGUGGACUACAGAAGGGUGUAACAUGAUCAACGGUACCGACGGAGCAUCUUUCCAUCCAAUCAUCAAAAAAACAGAGAAACUCUAUAUAUUCUCCUCUGAUCUGUGCAGGUCUAUAUAUGCCCAGUUUGAGUCUGAAGUGAGCGUACGAGGGGUUUCCGGUUUCCGUUUCGUCCCACCCAGCGAGGUUUUCGCUAACCUUACGAUUAACCCGGAUAACGCAGGCUUCUGCGUGCCGGCCGGGAACUGUCUUGGCUCCGGCCUCCUCAACGUCAGUGUCUGUAAAGAAGAUGCGCCCAUCAUCAUGUCCUCGCCUCACUUCUACCAGGCAGACGACAAAUUUGCCCAGGAUGUGUUUGGGAUGAAUCCCAACAAGGAGGAGCACGAGACGCUCAUUGACGUCAACCCGCUCACUGGAAUGUUGCUUCGGGGUGCGAAGCGUGUUCAGGUGAACGUCUACCUGCAUCAGAUCCCAGGGUUCAGUCAAACUGGGAAGAUCCGGACGCUGGUGUUUCCAGUGAUGUACCUUAAUGAGAGCGUCGUUAUUGACGAGGAAUCUGCCCGGAAGCUGUAUACUGUUGUUACUGAGGCUAAUGUGAUCAUCAACAUUCCCUUCAUAGUGAUCAGUGUAGGCAUCUUACUGGGCGUCGUCUUCAUCGUGUUCAUGUGCCGACAGCAGACGCCACUGAGCACCGAGGCCGAGCGGCAACCCCUGCUUUCGUCAUAAUCUCCCCAGACAUCGUGAUGAACUAACAUGUGUUGAGACAUUGAGCUUGAUUUCAUUUUCAGACGGCCAGAGUCGGUUCAAGGAGCAUCGCUGCAUGCGACAGAAGACUCAAAGUGCAAAGUUUGUCUCAGGUCACCUGGCCUCAAAUCCAGGUCUUUCGAAUGUGUUUUUAAUGCAUUUAAUGCUUCAGACGAUUGAUUGAGUGUCACAACCCAAUAGCGCAGGCGUGUCUACAUCAGCCAAUGAGAUUCAUGUGCAAAACUAAACAAUAUACUGUACCAGAAAACACUAAUUGAGUGACCGCAGAUCUAAUGCAACACGUUACACAUCACCACUCGAGAUAUAGAUGUGACCUGUACACAUCACAACCGUAUUAAUACACUUAUGCAAUUGCAAUGAGCUCAUCUGGCGAAUAAACUGACAGCGGUGCCAGUUCAUGCUGAUUUCAGUACUAAUGUACGUUUUAGUCUGCUAAAACUUGUCACUAAUCACUAAAUCCUUUUUUAAAAUGACCAAAUAUCUUUGCACUUGUUUUCUCCACUGCCAUACUAAGCGAUGUACUCAAAUGCAAACCAAGACUUUUAUGGUACUUUGGCUCAAUAAUGUUUUUAGAGUCAUUUGAUAACACUUUUAUGAUAUAAUGACCAUAAUUGCUAAUUUAAACUCUAAAAUGACAACCUUGUUUUCAGUGUUCAGUAAAUGAAGUUUCAUAGUAUUACCACAGAGUUAAAGGAGAAGUCCACUUCCCAAAAAAACAACAAUUUACAAAUAAUGUACUUGCCCCCUUGUCAUCCAAGAUGUUCAUGUCUUUCUGUCUUCAGUCGUAAAGAAAUUAUGGUUUUUGAAGAAAACAUUUCAGCAUUUUUCUCCAUAUAAUGGACUUCAUUGGUGCCCUGAUUUUGAACUUCCAAAAUGUAGUUUAAAUGCAGCUUCAAAGGGGCUAAACGAGGGGCUCAUUUUUUUUUUGAAAAAUAAAAAUUGGUGUACUUUUUAAGCACAAAAGCUCGCAUAGCACAGGUUCUCGGAUGCACAUCCACGGUUGUUCUUGAACGAUUCUUUAAUGUGACUCAUAAAGAACGAGUCGUCUCGGAGAGUGAUUCGUUCAGUCGCACAUGCGCAACAUCCUAUUAGGUUCUGUACUGGAAUUAGUUCACCUGUUUCAAGUCUUCGGGUUUUUUGAGUCGUUUGUUCAUCUUAUGGGGCUGUCACAUGACGCUGAUUUUGCUAAAAUUAACGAAAUGACUCAAAAAAGAUUCGUUCAUUUUGCUGAACGAGACUCAAAGGUCCGAGUCGGUAAGAUGAUCCUAACUUCCCGUCUAAGUUCAUCAUCUGUGUACUUGGGCUAAAAAAGGUAAAGUAUGGUGAAAAAUUCCAUCUUAUUUUCUCCUACAGCUUCAGAAUCAUCCAACAUCGUUGUAGCUUUUUGUUUGUAAACAGCGUUUGACUUACUUGCACUUUCUUAGUCUUUGCACGUUCGCUUUGUAAACACUGGGUCUGUAGUUCCGCCUACAUUCGGCGUGACCUUUCAGCAUGAUUCAAUAGUACGUUGUGAACGCGCAUCCCAGAGCCUGUGCUACACCAGCUUUUGUGCUUAAAAAGUAUACACAUUUUUAUUUUUCGAAAAAAAAAGAGCGAUUGUUUUGCUAGAUGAUAAGACCCUUCAUCCUCAGCUAGGAUCGUUUAGAGCCCUUUGAAUCUGCAUUUAAACUAUAUUUCGGAAGUUCAAGUUUCUUUACGACUGAAGACAGAAAGACAUGAACAUCUUGGAUGACAAGGGGGUGAGUAAAUUAUUUGUUAAUUGUUGUUUUGGAAGUGGACUUCUCCUUUAAGAAGAUUUAGCUUGAACGUUUCAGUUU